AUGUCAAUAAUGAUCAAAUAAUUGACCCUUGUAGUUUAAUUAUAAAAUUAUCAUAUAUUCUUACUUUUAGAAUUCCAUAUUCUUUCUACAUAAUAGUAACGUACUUGCAUAAAUGAAAAAAAAGAAGCUAUCGAAGCAUUAGCAGCUAACCCUUCAGAUGAGAACUUUGAAAUAUAGAGUCAAAAAUAUAAUACUACAAUCAGAAAUUUAAAGAGAUGGUUUAAUCAAGGUUAUGUGAGAAAAUAAGGAUGUGGAAGAAAGAGAGUUAAUCCAUAGGCUGUUUCAGAACUUGAGUAAUGGAUAUUGAGUGAAACCAAGAAAGGUGGAAAGAAAAUUACCAGAGACUUUAUUAAAUCUAAAGCCCUUGAAAUCUUCAAUAGUGACACUUUCAAAGCCUCAAAAAUGUGGAUGGAUAAAUUUCUAUCGGAAUAUGAUAUCAAAUUCAAAGUCUAAACAAUAUUACAGGAACAUGGAUGUCUAUCUAAAUUAUAAGAAGUUAAAUUUAAAUAAGAGUAAAAUUCAAGGAGAGAGAAGGAAUCUGAAAGUUUAGAAACCAAGAGAUUAGUUAAGAAGGAGUCAUAGGAGCAAAUUAAGACUGAUUUAAAUCUUAAAUAGGGUUUUGAAGAAAAAGUCUAUGUGGAAGAUUUUUUUUUGGAUCAAGAUGCAGUAAAUUUAUUUUCAGAUUCUUUUGAAAUCCAGAGUGGACAGAAUUAAGUUGAAUUAUAAUAAUUUUCUGAAUAAUAUAUUCCAAAGUUAACUUUUCUAGGAGACAGUUAUGAAGAGAUAUAUCAUAUUUAUUUUAGUUAUUAUUAUUCUUACAAAUAUGAUAUAAUCUUAUCAAUGAUAUUUUUUCUUAAAUCAUUUUAUAAAUUAAUGAAAUAUUCUUUAUUGAUAAUCUUUGUCUUAAUCAGUAUAACCCUGACAUAAUAAACACCAGAAUAACAUCUCAAAAAAGAAUUACUCAAAAGAGUGGCCAAUUAUGUGGGGGUUGAAUUGCCUCAUGAUUUACACUUAUUCUGUUUGCCAUGCAAGUUGAUGAUGAAACAAGUUUAAAAAUUCUCAAAAAACACCUUAUUGACCAUCAUAAAAAAGGAAUAUCUUGCUCUAUGCCCUCAUUUCUAUAACAUGCCUCAUUGUCUUGGCAAAAGUAGAUAGUAUCAUGACGAAUUUGCAGUGCACUUUAUUGAGUAAAGAUUUUGUAUAACCUAUAGAAAUUAUCUGAAACCAUCAAAUGCUUGUUAGCUUUUAGGGGCCUGUAAGUUAGAACAUCACCCAUAAACUUUAAAAGAAUAUAUAAAUGAAGUCAUGCAUGACAAACUUACAAAACAACAAUAAUAAAGUUGGAAAGAAUAAGCCGAAGCCUUGCUGAUCAAUAAUGAGGAUUAUAAGGUCGUACAAUACACAGAUUUACACAUUGAUACAGAGUACACCGAAGGCGCUGAUGCUUUUUGUGAUGCUCCUCUUUGUUGCAGGAAAGAAUAUGGAACACCAAAGGAUCCUAGCAAAGGAGCUUAGUAUUGGGGAACAUUGGCUAGUUGUGAUUUGCCAUUUAGGACGGUUUAAAAUUUAUUAGAAUUCACAAAAGAAUAGAUAAAACCUGAUUUCAUUAUUUGGACAGGAGACAGUAUUGCACAUGAUGUUUGGUAGUAAUUGGAAUCAAAUUAAACUGUUCCAACAAGGAUCAUAACUGAAGAGAUAUAGAAGACUAUGCCAACAACAUAAAUGUAUGCAAUGUACGGAAACCAUGAGGCUUAUCCUGCUGAAUAAUAUGAUAUGAAAGGAGAGUCUUCAUAAUGGUUGAGAGACGAAACAGCAGAAAUGUGGAAAUAAUAUCUAAGUUAAGAAGCAUAUUAUCAAUUGAGAAGAAAUGGAUACUAUUCCUAAGUUGAUGAGAAACGAAACCUUAAAGUCAUUGCUCUUAAUUCUUAAGCCUAUGAUUAUGAUAAUUUCUUUUUGAUGGAAGGAGUUACUGAUCCAAGAGGAAUGUUAAAGUGGUUAGUUGAAGAGUUAUAUGAUUCAGAAUCCAAAAAUCAAUUUGCUAUCAUUAUUGCACAUAUCCCACCAGGUGACAUAUCAUGCAAUACUUAAUGGGCUGAUCGUUUUAGUGUUGUUAUUGAAAGAUUUGAACACGUGGUAUCAGGUCUUUUUUAUGGUAAUAAUUCAUUAAUUCUAGGACACACCCAUUCCGAUUAAAUUUCCCAUAUUAGAUCAAGAAUUGAUGGAAGGUACAUUAAAACUCUCUAUAUUGCACCUUCAGUUACAACAUUCACAAGAUAUAAUCCAUCCUUUAGAGUUUUCUAAUUUAAUGGGAAAACUAAUUAGAUCAUAGAUUACUCAUAAUAUAGAUUAGAUCUUGCAAAGGCUAAUAAGGAAGGAUAAAAUGCCAUUUUGAAUUGGGAUAUUGCUUACAAUUUCUUAGAAUAUUAUGGGUUAUAAAGUUCAAGUAUUGAAGAUGUUUCAACUUUGGGUUAUAAGAUGAGACAUGAUGAGGAAAUAUUAAAGAAGUACAUUUAUAGUUAUGCCACUGGAAGUGAAGCUCGUUACAAUUAAUAUUUAAAGGAUCUAAAAAAACUAUUUCUAAAAAAAGGAACUAGAAACUAUUACAUUUGUGGAGUAGAAACAGCUACUUAUGAUGAUUGGUUUAGUUGUAUAGGAUUUAUUGAAUCUCUAUAGGAUUCUGCUUAAAUUAGAUAUAAAAUUUAUGAGUUGUUCUAUGGAAAAUGGUUAAAGGAUUGA